AUAUAUGGCAACACCGGCAUACCGGAUCCUGCAGUCCGCUAUAAAAGCAAAGCGUCACUCGCCCCUCCGGCAUCUCAGCGACAAGUCAUCAUGUUAACACAAGGUUUUGUGGCAGUGGCGUUGGUGUUGACCGUCUGUGGCUGCGCGCCCUCCCCGCAAGUGGCCGUGCCUCCCGUUCCGAGGGGCGCUGAAGGGACUUCCAUCUACAACAUUUGGAACCACCAUAAUGGGCGGGUUCCUGCUGUUGAGCGAAGUGAAUCAGGUGUGGGUACCAUACUAUCUCCGGAGUAUUUCAAAGUGGUUAACCUAGUACCUCAAGACGCCCCACACCCUCUCUACGCCGACUCUAGCCUCCGCACGCGCUUCCUCGCUGACCAUAUGCUGUUCGAGACAGUCGACCCCGACGACCAACGCUUGCUGACCCCCUCUGGACUCCAAACUUUGACUAUUGGCGACUCACCCAUAACUUUUAAGAAGGACAGCAACGGUCAUACCAAAGUGAAUGGAGUCCUUGUGGACAGAGUGGAAAAACUACCCAGCGGCAUUGUGGUCUAUCAUAUCUCAGACAUCCUGUAUAACUACGCGCAAAAGGUUGAUGCAGAAUUCAAGAAAUUGUCUUCUGGAGAUUUUGGAAGUCCCUUCUGAAGCGGAUGUCGCCUUUCCAUCUUUAAUUGAUCAGUAAUAUAAAUGUAGAUGGUGUUUCAACCGUAUUUCAAUAAAUGUAACUAAAAC